AUGUCCUUUGAUGAUUAUGUGCCGUGUGAUAUUAAGGAUGAGACAUUCGGGCAGAAGGUGUAUGAUAACGAUUUGGACAACAUUGCUGGCGAUUACAAGUCUCAAGUUUUGGGCGCAGAGGCAGCUAUUUGGUCGGAAGAAAUUGACGAGCAUACUUUGGAUUCACGUUUCUGGCCACGAGCCAGCGCCUUGGCAGAACGUUUGUGGUCGAAUCCGAAGCAGCCGUGGCGUUCGGCUGAAGCGCGUAUGCUCUAUCACCGACAACGUUUGACAGAAUUGGAUAUUGAUGCGGAAUCAAUGCAACCAGAGUGGUGCUUACAAAACGAAAAUCAAUGUCCCAUAGAUGCUUAUGAUCAAAAAUUUUGAAUCUGAAAGUAAUACUAAUUUUGAUUAUAUUCGUAAUAAUACUGAUAAUAGGUAUGUUUGAUGUAAAAUAUCCAGCAGCAAAUCAGGGUAAUUUCGGAGAAAUGUCAACUUUUCGCAUACAUAGAAAAUUAUCUAAAAGCUUCAAAGAACAGAAAGUCUAGCUGAUUAUUUGGCAUAUAUUACACGGUACAUUCUAAAAAACGUAAUUUAUACACUAAACAUUAUUAAAUAUUAUAUAGCAAACAUGCCUAUUAUCUUACUUGUAACUGUAAUACAUAUUUUUGAAAUGUAUAUGUGAGAGUUGUUAAUAAAAAUGAUGGUUUUGAAUAGAACUUCUACCAUACACUGGCAUAA